AUCAGUAAACACUUUCUAUAUAAGUGGUCGUUCCGCAGAUAAGCAAAGCCAGUCCGUUGCGGCGACCCGUUUUGCUCAGUCGAAUGCAAGCCAUCCCCACAAUUUGGUGAUUCGCAUUUGGUCCCAGUCGAGAAAUGGAGAUGGUACUGCACGAGGCGACCAACGGUCAUGGUACGACCGAAAAGAGUGAAAGUGCGAGUGCGACGCAGGUGCCGAGGACUUAUGUACAGGCCGAAAAUGGAAACCGCGCUACCAAGUUCAGCAGACUACCGGAAACCGAUCCGGUUGAUAUGCAGUUCACAGAUAUCACAUACACUGCCACCAUGGGAAACAUAUUCACUAAAAGAGAAAAGAAAGAAAUCUUACACAAAGUAAACGGCAGAUUCCCCGCGGGACAGCUGAUAGCCAUCAUGGGUCCAUCGGGAGCCGGCAAAAGUACCCUGCUGGACGUGCUAAGCGGUUACAGGAUCAACGGCGUGGGAGGCACGGUCAACAUAAACGGGAGACCCAGGAAUUUGAAGGCGUUCAGGAAAAUGUCCUGCUACAUCACACAAGACGACCGUCUGCAACCGUUACUCACGGUCAGGGAGAACAUGCUCAUCGCAGCUGACCUGAAGCUCGAAUCAAACGUGACCAGAAAACAGAAACUUUCUAUUAUCAACGAGAUCCUGGAAACUUUGGGCCUGAGCAGGACGAAAAACACAAAGGCAUCCGGUUUGUCCGGUGGUCAGAAAAAGAGGUUGUCGAUUGCUCUUGAACUUAUAAACAACCCGAUGAUUCUGUUCUUGGAUGAACCCACUACUGGUUUGGACAGCUCGACAUGCAUGCAGUGCGUGAAACUUUUGCAAUUUUUGGCCAGACAAGGAAGGACGAUUGUUUGCACAAUCCAUCAACCUUCUGCUUCUUUGUUUUCGCUAUUCGAUCAGGUCUAUGUACUUGCUGCUGGCAAUUGUCUUUACCAAGGGGACACCAACAAACUGGUGCCUUUCUUGGAAGACGUUGGCUUCCCUUGUCCAGAAUACCACAACCCGGCUGAUUAUGUUAUCGAAUUGGCAUGUGAAGAAUAUGGUAAAGAUAAAGUCCUCUCAAUGAUUAAAGCAACCGGAAAUGGUACGGAUUACAAAUAUUUAAAAGACUCAGAGAAACUUCCUAUUAUUCAACAACCUAUAGAUGAUGAUUAUGAUGAUGACGAUGAAGAUGGUUUACAAGCCACAUCCUCCUUUAAUCAACUAAAAGUGUUAAUGAGAAGAGGAUACAUUAAAACCAAAAGAGAUACGACUCUGACUUACAUGCGUCUUAUUGUAAACGCCUUGGUAGGUUUGAUGUUAGGAUCUGUUUACUGGCAGGCAGGACAAGAUGGUUCAAAAGUAUUGGACAAUUACAAUCUUCUUUUCUCUAUUCUUAUGCAUCACAUGAUGUCCACCAUGAUGCUGACCAUUCUAACUUUCCCCAGUGAAAUGUCCAUAUUGGUAAAGGAGCACUUCAACAGAUGGUACUCGUUAAAAAUGUACUACACGUCGGUAACUCUCGUGGACAUUCCAAUUUCGGUGCUCUCAUGUGCUAUAUUCACAAUCAUCGUCUACUACAUGACAGGCCAACCAAUGGAGUAUGAAAGACUGGCCAUGUUCUUCAUAGCCACGUUGCUGGUGGUCUUCGUUGCACAGAGUUUCGGACUUGUCAUCGGUGCAUUUUUCGACGUUGUGAACGGCACCUUUUUGGGACCGACACUUUCGGUGCCAGUGAUGAUGUUUGCCGGAUUUGGAGUUUCAAUCAGAGAUCUUCCGCCCUACCUCCAUUGGGGAAGUUACGUCUCCUAUCUCCGUUAUGGUUUGGAAGGAGUGGUGGCCGCAGUUUACGGCUUAAAUCGAGGCAUUAUUGAAUGCCCCGAUGAUAAAUACUGCCAUUACAAAUAUCCUAAAAAGUUUUUGGAGGACGUAGCAGUCAGGGCUGAUCAAUUCGACAACGAUGUUUUGGCUCUACUGUUGACUUUGUUUUUCCUGAGAAUAGGAGCAUACGUAGUAUUAAGAUGUAAACUUUUGGCUUUGCGUUAAGCGGUUGUAUUGGUAUGUUUGAGUGAAUGAGAUGCUAAGUCAGUAGAGUUUCGUACUACCCAUAAAAUUAUGAGGAGUGUAUAUUUAGUUUUAUACUUACUCGCCAAUGUGACUAUUUAUGUAAGGCUGUGUGUUCGUACUGUAUUCUAUUUAUUUUUAAUUUUAUUAUGUUAUUUCUAAUUUAUGUGUAUGACUUUAUAAUUAAAAUGUUGUUGUAUUCGACUGAUGUAAAUAAAAUAACUAGUUAUAA